AUGUCGUCAACUCAUUUACUUUCUGUUUCUUGUCAUGAUCUAGUUUCAAUUGAAAACACUGAGGAAUUAGAGACAAUGUGGACAGCAUUUAAUAAAUGCAAAAAUUAUAUUGAAAAUGGUCAGCGAUUAGAAAACAUGUCCUGGAGACUAUGGCAAUAUCAAAGACAGCCCACCAAUAAGAUUGACAACAACACUAUCAAACGAUUCAUUACAUCCGUACUCUUGUCACCUGCUGCCGUUCAUGACGCACAUUCGCACGAGGUUGUACGAGAAAGAUGCCACGAUGAUGAAGCUAAUAAAGAAGAGUCUUCUUGUUCAAGUAGCAUUGUUGUGAUUGACAACAAACAGCAACAAGAGACUUGUUCAAAGCAUGUUGUCAUCAUAGAAGAGGACGAAGAAGAAGAAGAUGAGGACGACGACGACGACGACUAUUAUCCAAGUGAGGAUGAUUUAUACGAUGAUGAAGACUAUGAAGAACAAGAAAAAGAACAAGUAAAUGAUAUAAGUUAUCAUUUUGUAAAGACACAGCCAAGACCAACAACACCACGUCGAUCACUCUUGUCUGAUCUUUUAGGCAGAGUAUCAUCUCCGCCUUCAUUACUCUCGAAUUCUACUUCCUCAUUUACAAGCACAAAUACCAUUGAAGAUCAACAACAAUCACAACAACAACAACAACAACAACAACAACAACAGGAAACCUUUCAUAAAACUAAUUUAACACUCUCUAUUUUACAAAAAGAUUCACAACAAAAUGAGAUAAGAUGGCGAGAAUCAUUUCAUGGUUGGUAG